CGUGUACAUGGUUGCAGCACGAUAAUUCUCUCGCGUUUAAUUCAAACCCCCGCCUUUCAGGAUGCACUUUAAUUGAGAUUGAGGACCGGUGAUCACCGAAUCUACCAAUUUUUAAGGAAGAUAUAUUGAAAAUAAAUCUAAAGAUGCAUCGUUGGAGUGGAAGAGUUGCCUUGGUAACGGGUGCAUCAGAAGGAAUAGGAGAGGCCAUCUCACGUCUUCUGGUCAAACAUGAUAUGAAGGUGGUAGGAUGUGCACGAAACCUGGACAAGUUAAAGGCAAUAGAUGGUGAGUUGAAGAAAGAAGAAGGGGGCUCUUUCUUCCCAAUCCAGUGUGAUCUUACUCAGAGAGAUCAGAUCUACGCUAUGUUUGAGAAGAUCAAAACUCAUCAUGGUGGUGUAGAUGUUUGUAUUAACAACGCAGGGAUGGCUUAUCCCUCUUCAUUGCUGGACGGCACACCCGAGGAAUGGCAGAAAUCAUUAGAUUUAAAUGUGAUUGCUCUGUGUCUAUGCACCAAACUGUCUGUCCAACAAAUGAAAGAGAGAGGAGUUGACGAUGGGCACAUCAUUCUACUAAACAGUAUGGGAGGACAUCGUUUGAUACAAGGUAGCAAUUAUUUGCACUUCUACGCUGGUACGAAACAUAUGGUGAAAGCAUUGACAGAAGGCUACAGGGACGAGUUGAGACAGAAGAAUUCUAAGAUCAGAGUCUCGGCUCUCUCACCGGGAUUAGUAGAAAGUGAGUUCGUGGUCCGUCUGUUUGGCGAUGAUCCCGACAAGGGCAGAAAAGUGCUUCAAACUACACCGUGUCUUAAGAGAGAAGAUGUCGCCGAACUUGUCGUAAUGGUUAUGCAACAACCACCAAAUGUACAGAUCCAUGACAUACUUGUGAGAGACACGGACCAGGUUAAAUAAAGUUAUAGUUUUCACCGUGCAGUAUGCCUAACCAAAAUGAUAAUGAAGAUUACAUCGGUUUGAACCCGGGUAUGAAACCCGUGACCAUAUUGUUCAGCAUUUAACAUGUUAAGUUAGGGUGGAGCAUCAAGUUAGUAAUAUAUGUACAUCUCGCUCUCUCUCUCUCUCUCUCUCUCUCUGUCUCUUUGUCUAUUUAUCUAUCUAUCUACCUCAAUCUUCCUAUCUAUUUCUCGAUAUAUUUGUUGUUAAUGCUUAUGCAGGGUGCCCCUGAAAAAGAAAACCCAAGUUUAAUGGUAAAUAACUCAAGAAUUCUAAAAUAUUAUUUUUAAUAAUUUGUAAAUCAUCAGAAAGCUUAUUUUCUUUGGUCUCAUACAAAAGAGGACUACGUGAGCUUUUUAAUGAUGUGUAUUUUCAACAAUUACCAAUUAAACAUCGUCUACUAUACUUUGUUUAAACCAUAAUGGCACUGCACUGUGGACUGUCUUGAUAGUGUAUAGCAUUUUUGAUGCAUGACUAUAUCUUUGUUUUGAUUGUUAAUUGUUUGUUACUGUGUUAUGUCAACUCAACAAUUAUUUUAUUGAUUUUUGUAUAAGUGUAUUAUGUUAUAUAUAAUUAUGUGUAUCGCAAUACCAUGUAACACAACGAAUUUCCAUUGUUAAAUGGACAAUAAAUAUGAAGCUUAUGAACCUUAUGACUUUGAUGUCAUGUGAAAGAGGAAUAAUAAGCUUUCCAAUCAUAUUAA